AUGGACAGUGCCGAAAAUGAAUCAAACGUACAAUGCGAGCUUAGACAAUCAGGAUUUGUGAAGGAAUUGGAAAAUCACAAGGAAGAGAGGGAUCUAUCCUAUGAAAUGAAAAUUUGUUCUAAUAAUGAGCACACUACGACUGACAAAACUUUAGAAACUGAGGAUGAGGCACUUGUUCUGAAAAGUAGUGGGUCGAAUACUGAAGUUAAUAAUUUUGGCACUGAUAACAGUGAAGGAGUGGUAUGUAACAAAAUAAGAGAAAAAGAGCUUGAGCAGGUAGACAAAAGACAGAACAAUGAUUUAGACAGUGAAACAGACACUGAUAUAUCUAAUAAGGAUAAACAUGAACAAUCUUCCGAUCGCGAGAAUAAAAGACUUGAAAACAUUAAUGUUAGCAAUAAGAAACUUAGGAUUGUGAACAGCGACUCAGAAGAUGAAGAAAUAUUUUCUAGAUCAAGUAAGAAGGAACCUGUCCGCGAUGAAUCGGAAAGUGAAAUAUCAGAUUCUGAACAGGAGAGUAAAUCUAGAAAGCAGUCAAAGAAUACAAGAAUUAUUAACAAAUUCUUUGACAGUGAUUCCAAUGACAGUAUUGGCAGUGACACUGAAGGAACAGCUUCGAACAAAGUUGUUUCACAGAUGAAAAGUAGAUUUCAAUCUUUAAUAGAUUCAGAAUCAGAAGAGGAUGAUCAAGAAGGAAGACAGGAUGAAGAGCCUUUGAGUCCUGAUAUGUAUAAUAAGAAAACGAAGAAGCAUAAAAGUGAAAGUUCAAAACCUGAAAAGAAAAAACUUUCAGUAAGAGCUUCUAAAGAGGAAGCCAUGAAACAAAUAAAAAGUGAGACUCAACGUCUGAUAAGAGAGUCAAGGAUUUCGCUUCCAUAUCACAGGCCAAAACAAAGGACAUUGCAAGAAUUUUUAAGCAGGAAAAAGGUAAUGUCAGUUCUUCCAAAAGCACCUACAAUGGCAGCCAAAUUGAAGAUGUCCUCUGCCAUUGUCGAUGAAAUGUUAAAAGAAAAAGAGAAAGAAGCAGAAGUGUUUUACAAGUCCUCCGAUUCAGAGGAAGAAGAAGGCUGUGUUCUAAAAAAAAAUAAAGAGGAGAUGAAUGCAACAUGCAUACAGGAGGCGAAAAAGGAUAACGUUUCCCGAAAAUUGUUUACGGAAGAUGAUUCAACAGGAACUGAAAGUAAUGAUGAGAGGGAUAAUACAAAUGUGAUGGAUGUUACUUUAACCGAACCUGUAGAAAUAAAUAGAGAAAAUAUAAAUGAGGAACAAGUAAGUAGAGAACGCGUGCCGAAGUUUCUUGAGGAUGAUACUUCGUCUAAAUUAAUUAGUAAGGAUAAUUUAAUUAUAUUUGAAAGUGCUAAAGAAGCGGAUAGUGAAAGUGCAAUGGAUAUAACUUUAACUGAAAUAGCUGAAAUUGAAGAUAAUAAAAAAAUAGUAAACGACGAAGUAGAUACAAGUGACUUCGCAACAAUAGAAAGUCAUUCCAAGCUCGAGAUAAUUCCGAAAACAGUUGAUUUGUUACAAAAACAUGCCUCUGAUAAUGAAACAGCAGACGUAAUUGAAACCGAUAAACAGAGUUCAGAAAAUUUGAACAAAGAAUCGACAGCCUCGACUUCGAAAGUGAGCGAGGAUUAUGCAAACAUGAUCAAAUUAUCAUUGGGAGUAGACACAGAUGAAUCCGACGAUUAUAAGGAAUAUGGAUUGCCACCACCGAAGUUCGAUGACUCGCCGAAUAUUAAUCAGAAUAAGACCUUGUGGAACAUGAAACCUAAAUUAAGAGGCAAUCCAGGCACACUGAUAGACUUAACGAGCGAUGUCAGGCCGUCUAAGAAAGGGAUAGACGAUUUGAUAGACCGAUUUGUACAUAAACAUUCAAAAGCCAAUGAGCGCGUUAAGGAGACUAACGUUACGACUGUACAAGUGAAAGAAUCUCCUAACGGCAUGUCAAUAGUUAAAGAAACGCUUCCGUAUCGAUUGCCAAACACAGUAGAAGAAGAUCCGAAGUUGAACAAGCCGGGAGCGAAGUUAGUGAAAUUGAAAGAAGAAUUGAAGCAUAAAAUGGCAUUAAAGCGUGACGAAGAAUGGAAGCUGAGAGAACAAGAAAUGAAGGAGCAAGAAAUAGAGUGGAACGAAAGCAUAAACGAAGAAGAUAGUUUCACUGAAGUUUAUUCACCGAGUACAGAAUCUCACAAAAGCGACGAAGAUGAACCGAUAGAGGAUGACGUGCAUAUGAAGAAAGAAAAGAAGAAAAGGAGCGCGUUUAUAGACUAUGAAGCUGAAGUCAGUGAGGAUGACAUCGAAAACGAUACCGAUGACAUCGAGGACGAAGAUGAAGACGAUGCACAAGAGGAAAAGCUCGGCUUGGAAGACGAAGAUGAAGAUGAGGACAGUGAUACUAAUGAGCAGAAUAAAACGUUUAAACGUAUCAUAGUACCCUUAGAAGAGGAUUCAAGAUCUUCGAUGAUUGACAGUGAUAAAAAUGAUCGUGAAGAUAAUCUUCCUCGAACCACGUCGCUGAACAUGUUUCGUAGAAACAGCAACGAAAGCGAAAGUAAUAUUUCAAUUUCUCAAGUUCCGAAAACAAUUCAGACGCCACAAACUAAAUCCAAUAGCUUCAGUCUUGUCUCUCCCGCGACACAAUUGACAGCGUUAAACGCGUAUGUAGAAGAUGGAGAGACUCCUAAAAAGGGGAAACAGAUCAGCCACGGAUUCGAUUCCAUUGCAAGGCUGAUUAAUACUCAAGAAGAUGUCCUAGAUGAAGAUCUCAUAGGUUUAUGUUCCGGCAAAUUUCCUGAGAGUAAAUUCGGUCUGAACUUUACGAAAGAAACCAACGUUAGCGACUCCCAAUUAUUGGACAUAUGUUCAGGAAAGUUUACUACGCAGCCAAACAACGAUAUGAAUUUAGUUGACAGUUUAAACGAGGCACCUCAGAAUAUGCAAAUCUCAGAGGAAAAGUCUGGUAAGAAACGAGAAGAACAGUUAAAGGAGAAGACGCCUUGUCAUAAGUUCCGAGUUUUAUCUUCCGACGAAGAAGAUGCAGCGGAAGAAAUUAAACGAUCAAAGAAGAAGAAAAAGGUGAUACAAUUAAAUGUGUCUGAAGAUGAGGAAGAAAAUGGCUCCGCAGCGAGUAGCGAGGAUGAAGAGGUCGAAGAAGAAAUCGAUGAUGAGAGAUUUAUAGAUUACGAUUCGGAUGAGAAUGAAAUAAUUGUACCAAAGAAGAAUAUUAAAGAGUAUGCAGCUAAAUUUUUAGAGGAGGAGGCUGAGCUCAGUGAAAGCGACGGAGGUGAAGUUUCUGCGGACGAAGAUGAACAGGAGUUAGAUAAAUUUGAAGUGGAAGAUGGAGACGAUGAAGACAUCGAUGAGGCACAAGUGAAAGAUCAAGUAGGGAAGCUUCAUAUGAGGCAGCUGCUGGACGAGGACCAAAGAGAAGUGAAAAUGCUCCAGGAUUUAUUAUUCGAAGACGGAGAUUUGUACAGUGAAACUGGGAGGGAAAGAAAAUUCAGAUGGAGAAAUAUAGAUAAACAGGAUGAUAACAAUGAUCUUCAACCAUUGGAGGAGAAAGAUGGCUUGCUGGAUCUAUCAGACAAUGAGGAGGAAGUGAAUUGGCGUAAAAUGAGAUACGAAAGGGAAAAGUUUUUAGCAGAAAAGAAGGCAAGUUCAGGUACUGAGAUCGAAGACACUUUAAACAGUCAAAUAUUUAAAGUUGGCAUGAAGAUUGUAAAGAAAAGGCGUAUUGACGAGAACCGAAAAGAAGAAACUUUGGUAGAAACAAUCGAUUCUAAAGUGGAGUCAAGAAUGCCUCGUACUAUAGCAGAAAUGAUAAAUGCUACAAAAUUUGGUGAUAAAACACACGUGAUACAUACUGCUAUGAAGAAGCAUUCGUUUCUUGCAAGAGGAGAAAAAUCGUUAGAGCGUUUGGCCUCUUUAGCCAAACAAAGGUCUGCACCGCUACCUUCCUUAAAAAGGAAGAAUUUUGUUUUUGCACAUGUUGAUUUGAACACAGAGAAUGCUGAUAACUCUGUCGAAAAAUCGGUGGAUAAUUUUGAGGAAAGUGACGGAUACUUCGAAGUAUGGAGGACGGAAGCCGUGCGGUGUCGCAGCAAGCCGUGGAUCCCCGCUCCGGAGGAUGUGAUCCGAGGGAGAACGAGAAGAAGGCCGAGUCCGGGCCAAACGAGCCUUUUUCAGUUUCACUGCCACGAGGGACACCGGAUUAUCCAACAUCCUCGGGCCAGUAUCGCCACCGUCUUCGUGGCCACGCCGACGAUGGAGUCCAGGGAACGCUACCAGGAGCUCUGCAGACUUUGUGCAUCCUACGACGCCGUCAAGAUGGACAUCUUCGGUCAGGAGGGCAAGAACAGACAGCUCGUUGACAAAAUACAAGCCUGUCUGCCGUUUAAGAUUGCUGAAGAUGAUCGACUACCAAAAUGCCUCUGUUAUCGUUGCAUGUACAAUUUGGAAAAUUUCUACGAUUUUCGAACAGCAUGCGUCAAUGCAGUGGCCCUCCUGGAGAGGUGUCUACCACCCUCAGAAUUGAAUGGAAAUGUUACAACCACCUUGGCAUGUAACGAUUCAGAGCUCUUUGAAAGAAGGGAGAGUAUACCACUGUUGAUACCAGAGGCUCCCAUUGUGAAUCCCAAUGCUGCCUUAGGCACGCCACCCAGAUUGAAUUCUGAUGGGGAAGCGGACCACGAUGUUGAAGACAUGGUUGACAACAGUGGAACAGACGAAGGAACGAUGAUGGAUGACAACGACGAUCAUCGUUCGGAAGAAUAUGAGUUGGAUAUGGAAACGAAUCCCAGCGAUUUCUUGGAAAUGACCUCGAUAGUUGCGGAAGAGCCUGAAGAGUCAGAAUUGAGGCAGCAGAAGUUUGUCAACUUAGCCGAGCAGUCUCAACAACAACACGAGGUUUACGUUUGUUCCUUAUGCGAUAAAGCAUUUAGCUCGAAGGGCCAUUUAUCCUUGCACGCACGUAUUCACGUGGGUGCCGGCGAUGUGAUCGGUGAAAAAGUCCUCACAGACGAUCAUACGUCGUAUAAAAGGCCGUAUCAGUGCGAUCUCUGUCACAAAUCUUAUUCCACCGCGAAGCAUCGUUGGGGACACGUUUCCACGACUCACAGAGGACAUCCGGCAGUGACCUGCGGUUAUUGUUCGCGGAUCUAUUCGACCCGAACGAAUUUAGAAGAACAUAUAAAAUCGCGUCACGCAGGCCUUCCAGCACCUACGGAAAUUCAACCGGACAAUAGAUGCCAGUGCAACGUAUGCGGGAAGAUUUGUACAGAUAUCGUAGAACUAAAUAAUCACGGUAAAAUUUGUGGAGGACAGAGAUUUGAUACGCCAACGAAAAACGAAACAAUUAGUGAUAAUAAAAUUCUGGACAGCUCUGAAGCAUCUAGCAUUGCUAGCGAUGAUGAUAUCAAGGACUACAGAAACGCGGAAGCAAAGUUAGCAAAGAAUCCUCAGUUGACAAUUUUAAAGCAAGCAUUAACAAAAGGAGAGUCUCUUAAACGAGAUUUCGAAGAUAAAUAUAUGAACUGCAAGCCAAACAAAUAUCUCAAAACAGAACACACCGAUGCUCAAAAUUCCAAGAAGUGGUACUGCGAAUCUUGUCCUCAAGCGUUUUCGUCGGUAGAAGACUUAAAAGAACACGAAGCUGUUCACGAUGCGGACAAGCCGUUUAUUUGCAUCCUGUGUAGAAAGGAUUUUGUGCUUAAGUCUUCCCUGAGCAGGCACAUUCAAACUUUGCAUGGCAUCGAUCCAGCUCCGAUCGUAGAAAGCGACAAAUGUUUGAAGAGGUUCUUACCAGGUUGGAAUGAAUCCAUAGAUUUUGAUUCAUACGAAGGUAAGAUGGCCUUGCCGUUAUCUCCGAACGCGAACAUAGAGAACGAAGAAGAGCACGAGAGCGGACAAGAGAACCUUAUCGAAAUCGAGACCGUGUUCGUCUGCGAAGUUUGUACCCGCGAUUUCAAUGACCGCGCGUCCCUCUGGCUCCACAUCCGCGCUACUCACAAAGAAUUCGCUGCGUUCGCUUGCGGCGUUUGCCUAAAGAUUUGCGCGGACAACACGCAACUUCUCAACCACGUUAGCUUGUAUCACGGUGGCUCGAAAUUAUUGCUGUCCGAGCAAAGAAGAUACAGUUGUACCAUUUGCGGCCGGCAGCACGACUCUAGGAAAAAAUUGAUCACCCACGUGUCGAUACACAACCUGGAUCAAAGCUAUGAUCCUGCGACUUUUGUCCAGUUGAACACUAAUUAUUACGGGGAAAGUAUGAACGGUAAUGAAACCGCGGAACAAAUGCUCGAUUUUGAAGAAGAUAUGGACAAAGUGGAUUGUCACAUCUGUUAUAAAUCAUUUCCUACCGAAGAUCAUUUAAUAAGACAUCAGAGGAACGCGCACAAGUCGGAGCCAUUGGUACCAACGGGUGAUUUAAAUUCGCCGAAUAUGAACGGAGGAAACCGGGCUCAGUAUCAUCUGUUCUUUGUUUGCGAACUCUGUGGCAGUUCUCAUCCGAGCAAAUGGGAACGUUGGUUACACGUCAGUUCUACGCACGAAGACGAGCCGAGCAUAAAAUGCGACCGCGAGGAUUGCGGUAAAAUCUUCGCUACGAAGUCUCUCCGAAACGAUCACACUCAACAUCAUGCGAUUCAAGGCUCGUCGCCUAACACCUGCGAGAUUUGCGGCAAGCUUUGGGGCAGCAGAGUCGAUUACUGGAAACACGUGAUGGGCGUUCACUCGGACACCGUACCAUUAAUCUGCGGCGUUUGUUUAAAAGUGUUCCCGAACGUAUUGCAACUAAGCAAUCACGUGAAGUCGAAACACUGGCCGCUGACGAACGGCGAUUUUAGUUGCGACAUUUGCGGCAGGCCGUAUUCGAAUAAAUCUAAAAUGUCCAGGCACAGGAAGAUUCACGGAUUCGAUGAUAAUUAUGAUAAUGGAAACGAGGACAACAGCGAGAACAAAAUCGAUGGAGGAACGAAGGAGCCGGAACUGCGUUGCGAGCUCUGCACGGAUAUGGUGUUUGCUACUUUAGAAAAAUUAUGCAAUCACAGGCGGAUGGUGCACGGUCUGUUCCCCUGCGAUCUAUGCAACAAGUAUUAUGGAAGAACCUCGCAUUUAUGGAAACAUGUAAAUAGAGUUCAUAAGGGCCACGCAGACAUAACUUGUCCAUACUGCAUGAAGACCAGUGCGUCGAAAGAUCAUCUAGCGGCGCACAUCUCUAAGAUCCAUCGAUACGAACACGAUUCCGCAAAUGGUAGCACUACGUACAAGAACGAAGAAGUCAAUUUGCACUACUGUGAAAAGUGCAACAAGGGAUUCCACAAACGAUACCUCUUACGUAGACACAUGAAAGGAUGUCAAAAUUAUAGGAAAGAUCCAAGCGCGUUAUUAACGAGAUGCAGAGCCUGUGAGAGAAUAUUCAAAGAUCGUGCGAGUUUACAGAAACACAUUGAAAAUCAUCAUAGCACGUAUACUUGCCAUCUCUGCGAGGAAACGGUCACUUCGAAAUUGGGAAUCAUGACGCAUAAUCGAAUGAAACAUAUGAAUCAUCCGGAUUUGACGUGUAACUUUGGUUCCUGUAAAAAGUUAUUCAGGACUCAGGAAGAUUUAGAAUCUCACAAGAAAGAUCAUAGGUAUCACACGACUCCAAAUGUCUGUGACUACUGCGGUGACACUGUGGAGAAUAAAUUGAAACUGAAAAUGCACGUACUGUCGCUUCAUCGCAAUGAGAUCGGCGUUUCCUGCGGAGUGUGUUUAAUUCCGAUGAGAGACCCGAAAGAGCUCAAGAACCACGUAGAGAAUGUACAUUCCAUGGUAUUAACGAAACCCAAUACGUGUCAAGUCUGCGGCAAACAAUAUGCUUCCAAGUGGAAGGCGUUCGAUCACACGAAAAAGUGUCACGGGAAAGUGUUUUCGACCUGCAAGCAGUGUCUAGCCGUUUUCACAGAUAAAUCGUCAAUCAUCGAACAUUAUCAAGCAAUACACAAUAUUACUCAAGAUCAACUUCCCGCGUUAGAAACUAGAUUCGAAAUAAUUGGUAGGAGGCCUCCUGCCGACAUGGGCUCUCCCCCUAGAAGUGUUAAAGACGAGCCGGAUGAUUCUGAAUAUUUUGUUGACAUGUUAUACGAGGAUCCGAACGAGGAGAAGCAGUCCCCGUCGCGCACUUUUAGUUGCGAAAUGUGUCCCGAAAUGCUCGUGAAUGGCGAUGCUCUCGCGGUACAUUAUCUAAAGGUACACAACACAGACCCGGUGCCGAUAUUCGAACGAUUGCCGCCGGAAGAACUGAAAAGAGUAAUGGGCAAGAUAAAAUUCUAUUGUAAAAAUUGCUUACAACAAUUUUACACGAAGACGUUGUACUGGACCCACGUCGAAACUUGCAAACCAAUCAUACGGCUGGACGAAUUGUUUCCUAAUCAAAUCGAGAAGUUGAGAAGAGAUGGUCUCUUGAAAAAUAAUAAUUUGAUCAAGAACGAAGAAGAGCCCGCGUCGAAUUUGAACAUCCCCGAUUUCAAUCUGUUCGAGGGUAUAAAUCUCCAGUUAUCGGGUCAGAGGCCUCUUCCCAAUCUUAUGCCGCUACCGCAGAGGACGAAGUCGACGAUGAAAUGUUCGAGGAAAGACUCCAGGAAAGUGUACGACGAAUCGACGAAUACGGAGUGUGCCUGUGAGGUGUGCGGAAAACAGUGGCCAGCGAAGAAGCAUUUGUGGCAACACCUGAUCCGUUUCCAUCGCACGGAAGCUGCGGUCACUUGCGGAGUGUGUCUGAAACUUUGUAAGGACUAUGAUGAUCUCUCGGAGCAUUUGAAAGCCGCGCAUGAGGCGAUCCUUUCAACCGAAGGAAAUAAUUUCACGUGCAAAAUUUGUGGCAGAUAUCACAACGCGCGCAGUAAAUUGUUAUUGCAUACGAGCAUUCACAUCGGCCACGCGGGUACUAGCACUUGGUGUCCGAAGUGCAGGAAGAAUAUCACGGACGAGAGUGUUCACGCUUGCACCGAGAAAAUUGAAGAAGCGGAACAACUGCAGAAUAACGAAAAGGCAGAGGGAAGUCUGAUAGCUGAUGAUGGAAUGAUCGAAGAGGUGGAGGAAGGCGAGUUUGAAUCCGAAGCGGAAGAGGACGAAGAAGAGAACAUAGAAUCCGAUGCGGAGGAAUCUGAAAGUGGUGGUAGCAGUACCGAGGUCGAAGAAGAGAACGAAUCGGAGGGUGAAUCCAGAGCGACUGGAGAGGUCACAUAUAAUUCUGAGAGUGAAGAUUCGCAAGAGGAGAUAGACAAUUUGGAAAUCGGUCAGACUAAUAUGCAACACUACCUUCUAGGUCAUCUUCAAGAAACUAAGAACGCUGAAGCUGAAAAACAUGCAGAUUUAUCCGACGACGACGACGACGAGCCUCCUGUCCUUAGUCCCAUGAUGCCUAUGCUCGCUGAGAACACGCCUGCAGGGCAGUCAGCAAGCCACCAAUUUAGUCCCUCGGCUGGGAACAAAGAGGAGUUCUCUCCGAAACCUAUAAACCUCUAUGAAAAUCAUCUACCCAACAACAAAUCUUCUAAAUUCGAGCCUGAGGCAUUCGUGAAUCGCAGUGACGAAGAUACUGAGGACACGAAAAACGAGUCUGAUGAAAAUUCCGUCGAAGACAACGAAGAAAUUGAGGAGUACGAAGAGAACGAGGAUGUCGAAGCUAACGAGCAAAACGAAGACGAAUUGGAUGAGGAGAUGGAAUUUGAAGAGAGCGAAGAAAUCGAGGCAGAUCGUGAAGAUAACGAGCAAGUCGAGGCUAAUCGAGAGAACGAUGAAUUCGAGAAAACGAAAGAUGACGAUAGGAACGAUGAGACGGUAGAGGAAUCGGAAGAUGUCAACCAGAACGCGGAGAUGGAUGAAUUAGGAGGGGUCGAUGGAAAUGAAGUAGAAGAUUCAGAUCAAGAAGAAGGUGACGAUGCCGAAUCGAUCGAUCUAGAAAGAGCAGUAAUUAUGAUGGAUGAUGGAGAUCAAUUGGUGAUACAGCAGGAAAUGUUGGAGGACGACGGUAACGAGAACUCGAAUGAAGAAUUUGUUUAUUCUACACUUAGGUACAGCACGGAAGAGGACAGUGAAGACGCUAGGAAAUGAGUGCCAAAUUGAGAUUAAAUAAUUGAAGAGACUAUAUAUAUAUAUGUCGGAAGACAGAGUUGUUAAAUAUUGUUUGAGAAAGGACGAAUACGUGGGAAUGAGUUCAAUGAUGGUUAAACGCUGCUAGAGAAGUAGAUAUAAUCUUGUUUUUUUUAAAGGUAGUUAAUGUGAAAUAACAUUCACGAAGCGGAUCGUUCAUCGAAUAGAUCAUCUGUGGUGAGUAAACUGAAAUAUGUAUAUUACAUUUUACAUUGUUUCGAAUUUCGAUUUUUACGAAUUGUAAAAAAAGUAAUUACAUCUGGUUAACGACGUAGAAGUAAUUACAUUUUUUAGUUUCAUCUCUAAUUAACACAGCUCGUGAAAUGUUCACGUAUUCUAAAACAAAAUGAAACAUAAAAUUGUCGUGAAAGAUCGCUUUCUACCGGAUAAGAAGUGCAGAUAAAUUAUUGCAUGAUAUGUACCUUUGAAGUUAUUCGAAUUCAUACGGAUGAUGCGACACAUUGUAAAUACGUUAGAUUAAGCGAUGAAAAGUAGCUUUCGCAGAUUUUAUGAUAGGGGACCGUUUUAUCAUUAUAUCCAGAGCUGAAAAGAUGUAUAGGAAACAGUGAGAAGGAAAGAAUUUGUGUAAUGAUAAUAAUGUUGUGACCUCAGAGUUGACGAAGCGGGAUAUAAAAUAGACGAAUUCAAAGCCUCGAUGCAGAUGAGCGAUGUUUCUUUUUUUGUUUUACAAUUAAAUUGACAAAGAUCAACAUGCGAUCGUCGCAGUUGACGCUCGGUAAAAAUCGCUCGUCUGUAUCAGUCCUAAAGCGAUUCCAAAUUCACGGGGAAGAUAUAAUAAACGAACAGUCUCUAAUGCUACUAGGCAUGUUAUUUAAGUUUUUAUCAACUCUCGAUAUCAUUGAUUGCAUGGGGCAAUAAAUUCGACUUUGAAAGACUUUGAAAUCUGGAAUUCGAUCGUCUCGAUAUUUUCCAUUCAAACUUAAAAAUAAUAACUCCUAUUCAUUAAAGAAAUUUUGUUUGGAUAGAAAAAAAUAGUACAAAGAUAGCAAUAUAUAAUCUACGAUAAAGUUAGACGUAUAAUUCGCGUUACUGAAUUUGCUACAAACUUUUAUCAUUUCAUAUUUAAUAUUAAACGAAGCUAAGUAAUGGAAACAUUAUCUUUUAAGUAUAUGGAAUUUAGCACACUUUUGGCUGGCAGUAUAACUAAUACGUUGUACUGUUCUACGUAUUUAUUUUACGUGUUCCAUUAUUCUUAUUAUCGUUAUUGCAUCCACUAUUUUUAGACGUUAUAUUAAUAUCGAUUCGAUUGAAUUUGGAGAAGGGAAUUUUUAAAAAAGACGAAAGGAUGAUUGAGAAAAAGCAACUCGUAGUGUAUAUAGUAGUCGUGUAAGUAAUAUUUCGUGUACAGUUAAUACUAUGCAAAAACACGUGUGUAUGCGUGCGUGAUGGGUGAGCAUGAUUGUGCGACAGAAAGGGAAGGCCAGCUUCUACAUAUGUAUUAAUUUUCUACCACCGUACGUUUAAGAAACUGAUAAUCAGUUCUAUUUUCCAAUAAAAUGUAUAGUAUAAUAGCUUACGCAAAAAAAGUACGCGAACAAGUAUAACCUCUAUUAUCGAGGUAUCAGCCAAAAUAUCGAGUACUUAGUUUUCUGUUCUUAACAAAAAUUAGUAAGUACCAACGUGAAUUGACUAGCUGAUUUUAAUAUGUACAAUUAAACUUGUUAAUUGCAACGCACUGCACGAAAGACGUUCCGUCAGCCACCUUGGAAUUCGUGUAUAACGUAUAAUUAGCGUACGACAUUUCUCUUUUCAUUUUUAUUGCAUCGUUCUAAUAAGCAGCGUCAAUUCAGAUAGAAACGAACCAAAACUUGUACGUCUCAUUUAUUAUGUUCCAUUAGAUGACUUUCGUUCGAUACUGAGUUUGAGUUUCUUAUUCGUUUUCUGUUUCUUUUAUUAAUUAAAUAUUUACUUAUUUAUUGGAGCAUUCGCUUCGUUCCGAGCGAGUUAGUGCGUAAGAUACAAGAAAGUGACGUUUCGCAUUUAACGUUUGUAACGACUACAAUAAAAAUUUGAUAAACCGA